UCGAAAAAUAAUUAUAUGUCAUUUCUAAGUGCAUAAUGUAACACCUCAAUAUUUUAUAUACAUUGUGUGUGUGAUAUGUUUCAAAUGAGAGGAGUGUCUUAUGGUGAAAGAUAAUAUGAUUAAAUAAUGACCAUAUGAUUAAAGUAACUUUUGAAGGGUUAAGCCAUCUUGAGCCAUGUAUAAAAUUAUGUCAUUUAAUGUUAAGCACAAAAAACACUUGUGAGUCUUUCAAGUAUCUUUCCAUAUAGUCCCUAUAAAUAAAGAUAAGAAGUACGAAUAAAGAUAGCAAGGUAUAUGAAUUUGAAAGAGUGGAAGACUCAAUGGACUCUGAGAGAAUUGCAGAGGAAGGAGAUGAAGAAUGUGAAUUGGAAAGAGUAGAAGAUUUUGUAGAGUUUGUAGAAGAUUCUCUUGAUGAAGGGAUAGUUGAAGAUGAAGACUAUGUUUUGGAAACUGUGGAGCGAAAUUUUGGGGCAGAAGCAGAAAAAGUUAGAAGAAAUGAGUUACAACCUGGUUUUGAUGAAGAUGAAGAAGUUAGAGAAAAUGAGUUGGAACCAAAUUUUGAGGGAGUAGUAGAGGAAGAAGAUGAGGUAAAUGUUGAGGCAGCUGCAAAAGAAGUUGGAGUAAAUGAGAUACAAUCAGAUUUUGUUGAAGUUGCAGAGGAAGAGGUUGGAGAAAAUGAGUUGGAACCUAAUGUUAACGCAAUAGUAGAGGAAGAAGAUGACGAUUUGGAAGUAAAAGAAGAAAAAAAAACUAGUGAAGGCAAUGUCAAAAAUUUAUCUUCCAUAUUUUUUAGAGUAAAUUACACUCUCCUCCCCUCAAAGAUGCUUGAAUUACACUCCCCUCCCCUCUUAUGUUAAAAUAUACACUCCCCUCCCCUCUUAUUCAAAA